CAAUAUGUAUGUCAGUGAGAUGUCAUUACAUAGAAAUCUGAAUCAAAAAUUUUUGUAAAAAUCGUAAAUAUCCUAAAUAUAUGUUAAUUGUUUCGUAUUCUGCAAUAUGAUUGUGCUUACCGUGCAUCUUUAAAUAAAUGACUAUUAUGUGGAACUCUCCGAAAUACUGAAAAUCUCGGAUUUUAAGCUGUUAACGAAAUGUCGUCUUUUCCCUUUGAAGAUACAGAAUCAGAUUUUUUGUAAAAAAAUAUUGCUUACUACGUUGAUUCGAAGAUUGCUAUAAAUCUGUUUAAAAAAGUCCAAGAUGCCUAUGAUAGAAGGUGUUGGAGAUGAAGUGGUUCAGUUUGUAGGAGCUCUGGUGGUCAUAAUCGUGUCUGCUCUGGCAUGGUGGUCUACCAAUGCUCGCUCGGACGGCUAUCACACUGUCCUUGUUAUGAGAUCACGGCCACACCACCCUGUCACUGUGAGCAUUAGAACUAGAUCAAAUUUGCCAAUAACAAAUGCUGUGACACAUAGUAUACAGCAGGCUUCUACCUCCAGUGCUCCAGGUAACACCUCAGACACGAACGAAGAUAAUCCGAGGAACGAGUCCCGGGUGAUUCCUCUCCAGGAGAUGGACAGCAUAGUGGACGCCGACAUGGCGAUGCUGGACCAUAACAGAUUGCACUUCUACAGGAGGAUUGACUCUGGUCCGCACCAGAGCGGCUCGGAGUCCACCAGCGACGAGAGCGAGACGCAAGAUGACGCGGAGCCCGGCGCCGCGCAGAUGCGGGAGAUGGACAGCAUCGUCAGCGCCAUGGAGGCCGACGUCACCACCGGCUGCGAGUUCUUCACGAGACCCAGUGAAUCAAGCGGGUCUUCAAGUGUCAAAUGCAACAAGUCAUCUAACAACAAGGACUGUGUUCCUUCUGUGUCUGAAGUAAAUAAAUCCUCUGAAGAGAAUUCCUCUGAGAGAACCCAGGCAGAGGCUUCAGGGGACGGGGAAAAUGGGAGCAGGAGGAAGAUACUUAUCAAAUUAAAGUACCUCAAUGAUACAUUGAAAGAGGUAGAGGGUAGUUUGGAUGAAUUGCUAAAGGAUUUUAAGUGGCGCCACUUUUCCUCGGAGUUGAGUUCGGAAUGCCGCGUGCGCCUGAUCUUCAACGGUCGCGUGUUAGUGGAUGACGCGGCGACUCUCCGCGCGUGCGGACUCCACGACCGCGCCGUGGUGCACUGCUUAGUGCAUCCGCGCCGGCAGAACAAUCAGCAACGCGGCGCCCCGGAGGCGACUCUGUCAGCCCCGUCGCUGUCUGAACGCGCGGCGCCGGAGCGCACGUGGGACCUCGAGAACAUCCUCAUGACGCUGGUCUCCAUCGCGCUCACCAUCGUAUGGUUUUUCAGAUGCGAGUACAGCAACAUGUUCACGGCGAGCGCGAGCGCGGCGCUGUUCGCGCUCACGGUGUUCUACAGCGUCGCCAUCUUCGGGCUGUACCUGUCCGACACGCUGCACGCCGACCGCCGCCAGCCCGUGCCCGCCCACUAGGCUUUAUUAUCGAUAUGUUACCGUAUCGACAUCCAACAACACUAUCGAUUGUUUUGGCAGAUAAGUCGCUGUUGAUGGGCUACAACUAUCGAAAUUAAUGUCGAUGGUUCUUGAUGCUAUUGCACCAAACUGAGCUAUUUAUUUUAUUUUCUUCAGAGAACAUAGAGUUAUCACUAACAAUAAUUUGAAUAAUUAGUGAUUAAAGAGCCUAUUAUAUUAUAGAUGUUUUUCGAUGUCAUCUAUCGAUAGUUAGGCAACGCUAGUGACGUCGUCGUGUCAACGUCAAAUCACGGAACGCGGGUGUAAAAUAUGUAACAGGGUUACUUGUGAGUUACAAGUCAAUCCAAUAAAAUUUAUCAAGGUUUCAUUGUAUUUUAUAUUUGGAAGUGUAUGUUAAAACACAAUAUACGCUACCAAGCGGCAAUAUAAAAUAAUAUUCAAAAUUUAAAUGAAAUAGUUAUUUAUUUACAUAUGAAAGUAAAAAAAAUCAAGAUUUAUAGGACAUAUACUAUGUUGGGUAUGAUUUUUAAGGAUUUUUUUUCAAGUAACCCUGUAUGUAAUGAGUUCAGGACAAAUUCCCGAUUGAGCUGGCCGCAAAGUACGUAUCCUUGUAAUUUGUCCAGUUCAAUGCCGGUGCAAUUACUAACCAAGAUGAAAAUAAUGCAUCUUUUUUAUUGAUCUGGUCUUUAAUGUUCUGUGUUUAUUUAUUUUUAUAAAGUUUAAUAAAAAGUUUAAAGUAUUAAAUAUUUUCCUAUACUGGGGGAAAGAUAUACUAAUAAACAUUCAAUAGAAAUAAAUGUUAAUACAUUUAUAUGUUUUAGAUCUGCCACGCGACCUCGUUAAAUUUUGGUAAUCAAGGAUCAGGCAUGUUUAAAAAUUAAAAGAGAAAAAUAUGAAAAUGUCGUCUUCAUUUUUUUCCUUGCAUUUUAUUUGGGUUUUCAUAAAGUAAUUGGUUGUUUUCUUAUAAAUAUAAUAAAAGAAGCGUUUGUUUUGUGGCGGGCACACAAUUCAAAGCAUUCUCUGUUUAAUCAUCAAAUUUAUAUAUAAUACAAGAGUAAUAACUAAUUUUGCUGCCUUGCUGGCGGUCGGCAUAUUACAAUCAAAACAGUAUGAGGGAAAAAAUAAAGACCCUAUAUUAAUUUUUCUUAUUAUGGAUGAUUUAAUCAUUAAACACACACUUGGGACAUCUGUAUUGUAUACUAGAAUACCUAUGCUUUUUCAAAUAAAUAAUUGAUAAAUUGAUUUGUUAAUAAUGUUUAUUUCUUUGACAUUAUCAUAUUUAUAUGUGCUCUUUUAAUCUUAUUCCAUUUAUCAUUAUGUUAUAGUCUCCAAAACAUGAUAUUUAUGAAAUAAAUCGCUUGCACAAAUAUAUUAAAAAUAUCUAAAAUAGCAAUACCCAUGUUUUCAUCUCUAAAGUAUAUUUUUGUACCAAGCGCUUAUUCUUUCUCGAUCUUAACUUGAACUUAGCAACUCUUCUUGGUCUCGGCUAAAAUGUAAAUAAUCGAUAUAAGUAUGUACCUAUGUAUAAAAAGAGUUUUAUUUAGUUUUAAGCGUCGAUUUGAUUUAACAAUAAGUAUUUUAUCACCUGUAAUUACUCAUCAAUGUCGUAAUGUUAGCUUCUGCUUUCAUUGUUGCUUAAUUUUCUCAUCAUUAGGUAUUUUGUCUUCUUACCGAUUUGAACUUAAAAUUGGUCAUUGUCAUUGAUUUAUUUUCAUGUAACUUUUUUAUUGUUAUUUACUUUGUAAGAUUAUAUAG